CGGGGCGCACGGCGAGCGGAGCGCACAGCGUCUGCAGGCGGAGAGCCGGAGCUGGUCCGCGGACCGUCAACGACACGCAGCAGGUUGCACUGUGCCCGCCAGACAAUGGCUCUCUGGAGUCUGCUCCUGGUGUCCCUGUUUGCCACCCUGGCACUGUCACACAGGUCUGACACCGGGACCUCCCACAGCAAGAGAAGACAGACCUCAGCAGGUGGCAGCAACGCCCUGCAGUACCAUCAAGAUUUUCCUGGUCACGACUACAACCGGGACCGUGGUGUACACAAAAGGCAGGGGUCUCGGGUGGCCAAAGACAGAGCUGGGCUGCCUUCCCACCAACCCUUGCAUUCCCUGGCCUGGCCUGAGAAUGAUGGCACAGGCCUGGAGGGCCUGAGCCCCGUAAGACUAGAAAUGGGUCCUUUCCAGGACCGGGAUAAAGUUCAUUUGAGGAACCCAUCCCAGGUCCGGGAUAACCACCUUCUUGGGACACGCAAAGGGAGAGGGCAUGGACAUGGGAAUGGGCAUCAAUUUGAGCACCGGCGUCAAGGGAGCAGGCGUAACAAGAGGCGGCACGGAAAAGGGUUCCAUCCAGAGCCAGAGCUCAGCUAUACACUGAAGGACAGGGAUCCGUUCGAAGACCUUCCCUCCUCUUUCGCCGACUCCCUCUCUCGUAGUGUGACCCCGCCCAGUGACCUCUCAUCCCCCAUCAUUGCAGUCUUUGGCUCCGGCUCUUCUGUGGUUACCACGGUGAUAAAUGAUCAUCCCCCAACACUGCCGGCAGCUUCCACUAAACCCCAGAGAGGACAAGGAGAGGUGAUGCCAACUUUGGAUAUGGCACUUUUUGAUUGGACAGAUUAUGAAGACAUGAAACCAGUGGACUCCUGGCCAACCUCUAGGAAGAAAAACAAGAGGCGGAGUAAAAACCUCAGCAGUGGAAAUGUAACUGCAGAUGCGAUUGAGCCAUGUGACCAUCACCUGGACUGCCUUCCAGGUUCUUGCUGUGACCUGAGACAACACGAGUGUAAAGUUCACAACCGAGGACUCAACAACAAGUGCUAUGAUGACUGCAUGUGUGAGGAAGGCUUUCGUUGUUAUGCCAAAUUCCACCGGAAGCGGCGUGUGACCAGGAGGAGGGGUCGGUGUGUGGUCCCCGAGUCAGUCACCAGUGACCACGGAGGGUUCAUCACUAUCUGAGGAGGAGGAGGAAGAGGAAAGGCAACUCCCUGAGAAAGCCAAAAUACACAUGUAAUGGGCUGAGUGCUUAAAGACGAUGGCUAGUUUCAGUUUUCAUGAUCUCACAAUGUAAAGAUCGUGUCACACCAUGGCGGAUAGAGCAAACUGAUUUACAUAUUUAAAUAUUUUGCCCGCUGGCAAAAUCAGGUAAUCUGUCUCCUGUAGAUUUAGGGAUCUGAUGGAGAGAUGAUGUCACAUUUCCACUUGCAGCACAGAGCUGCAUUCAGCAGAUCAAUUUUCCUGGUUUCAAGACAGUUAUGCGCACUGGGAAAAGCUGGAUUUCAGUGGGAUUCUCAGAGGUCUGAAUGCAAAUGUGGAUAAUCAA